GGGAAGAAUUGAAGAAUGCGACCCCUUUACAUUCCAUGAAGGGGUUUGGGGGGUUCCCGUGCGGGGGAGCGAGCGCUGAAGCCCCUCCCGCGGGCGCGGGGCCCUUAGGGUUGCGGGGUGAGAAGUGUGGGGGGAUUGGAGGGGAGAGGUUUAUCGCGGCUUAACCCGGGCUGGCGGCCACGGCAGCGGCGCGUCCGUGGGGGUUGUGGUGUCCCGCGUGUGACCAGGGAGGCGUUGGCGACCCCUGGGAACCCGUGGAGAGCGGGGGGGGCAGGGGGUGGUGCGCGGGUCAAGUGAGUGUUAAGGAGUUCGCGAGCGCCGCGAGGGGGGUGAGGGCGGAAUGGGGGUUCCCAUGGUGCUCGGUGGAGCGGAGGAGAAGGGGGGACGUGGAGAGGCCGCCCGGGAGGGCCGCGGUCAUUGUCCGCUCGCCCGCUCGCGGCCGCCGCCGCCAUUCAAGAUGGCGGCGCCUCUUUCCCCCCCUCCCCUCAGCGCCAACCGCCGCCCUUCUCCCCGCCCACCUCGCUGCCCCUGGGCCAACCACCGAGCGGCGGGCGGUGGCGCCGACCAAUGGGCGUCGAGGGCGCCGCCCGCUCUCAGUGAAGGCGCCGGGCGGAAAAGCCGCGCGGGGAGGCGGGGCCGCACGGGUGGAGGUAGGGGUGAUUGACGCGCCAGUCGGCCAAUGAGAGCGCGAUGUUGGAAGUGCCACCGCCCAAUGAGGCUACGGUUGGGCGGGGAGGGGCGGGUUCGUGACGUCAGCGGUGUCGGCGGCCAAUGGGGAGGUCGGUCGCGUCUAUAUAAGGGCGGGCGGGGGCAGGCCGAGCGGCGCCAUUUCGCGGUGGACGAGGGGACGGAGCUGGUCGGGCCGCGGCAGAGAGAGCGAGCGAGAGAGAGCGCGCAGAGGGGCGGCCCCUUCAAAAAAAAAAAAAAGCAACCAACCUCUCUCGGCUCCAUCCCCCCGGAGGAGCUCCGAGGGGGGGAAACCCUCCCCGGCCUCCGCAGCGACCCCUGCCUGCGGCCACCGGCGGCGAGCGGCCGCCUCCUCGUCCUCCUCCUCCUUCCCCCCCUCCACCUCCCUCAGCGAGCCAAGAUGGAGCGCGGCCGCUGAUCCCGUCGAUCCGCCGUCAUCCACCGGCCUCCCCGCGGCUCAGCGCCUCGUCUGCGGUCCUUGCGGGUGCUCCGGGCUCCGAGCGACUCGCCGAGGGUUGUAUCGAGCGCGUCGCGAAGGGUUUGUGCCUCCCGGUGAAGCUCCGAAGAGGGGACCCCCUCGCUCCCCUCCAGUACCCCCCCGUUGCAUCCCCUCAGCGCUCGCCGCCAUUUUCGCCGCGCCCGUGGAUGUUGAGGCCGUGGGAGGGUCCCGGCAUCGUCUCCUGAGGGAAAAUUAAUUAGAUAGAGGAAAGGGGGGGCUCCUGGCUCGCCUCCCGACCCCCUCCCCGUCCUCAUCCCGCCGGGGAUGCGCUGACGGGGGGGGGCCCCCACCGGGCCGCGAGCGGCGGAGCUUUGGCCGGGCAAAGUGGGGGGGUCGUCGGAGGAGACGGCGGGAGGAGGAGGAGGAGGAGGAGGAAGAGGAGACGAGGGCCCGCGGGCCGCGCACGGAGCCGUCGGGAUGUUGCAGAAUGUGAAUCCCCAGAGCAAGCUCCUGGGGGAGGGCAAUGCCGGGCUCAUGGCGCUGGCGACGCCGACGGAGUCGACUCCCGGGAAGCGGAUCCGCAAACCUUCGCUGCUCUACGAGGGCUUCGAGAGCCCCACCAUGGCCUCGGCUCCCGCCCUUCCCAACCCUCAGGCCAAUCCGCCGCCUCCCGAGGUUUCCAAUCCCAAAAAACCCGGCCGGAUCACCAACCAGCUCCAGUACCUGCACAAGGUGGUGAUGAAGGCGCUGUGGAAGCACCAGUUCGCGUGGCCCUUCCGCCAGCCCGUGGACGCCGUCAAGCUGGGCCUGCCGGAUUACCACAAGAUCAUCAAGCAGCCCAUGGAUAUGGGAACCAUCAAGAGGCGCCUGGAGAACAACUAUUACUGGGGGGCGGCCGAGUGCAUGCAGGACUUCAACACCAUGUUCACCAACUGCUACAUCUACAACAAGCCCACGGAUGACAUCGUGCUGAUGGCGCAGACCCUGGAGAAGAUCUUCCUGCAGAAGGUGGCCCAGAUGCCUCCGGAGGAGCAGGAGAUCGUGGUGCCCGUGGCCAAGAACAGCCAUAAAAAGGGGGCAUCCAGGGCGGCAGCGCUCCUGGCGGGACUGACGGCGGCUCAGCAGGUCCCGGCCGUGUCCUCGGUGUCCCAGCCCACAGUGUACCCCCCCACGACCCCCGAGAUCCCCACAACCAUCGUCAACAUCCCCCACCCCUCGGUCAUCUCCGCCCCCAUCCUGAAAUCCCUGCAUCCCAACGCUCCGGCCGUCCUGGCCCCGCCCGCGCCCACACAGCCCGUGGCCAAGAAAAAGGGGGUGAAGCGGAAAGCCGACACCACCACGCCCACCACCACGGCCAUCAUCGCCACCAGCACCGGCGGCGAGUCCUCCCCGUCCCCCUCGGCCUCCGGAGCCCCCCCGGACCCCCCCAAACCCGCCAAGAUCCCCGCCCGGCGCGAGAGCGGCCGCCCCAUCAAACCCCCCCGCAAGGACCUCCCGGAUUCCCAGCAGCACCAAACUUCCAAGAAGGGGAAGCUCUCGGAGCAGCUCAAGUAUUGCAACGGGAUCCUGAAGGAGCUGCUGUCCAAGAAGCACGCGGCCUACGCGUGGCCCUUCUACAAGCCCGUGGACGCCUCGGCCCUGGGGCUCCACGACUACCACGAGAUCAUCAAGCACCCCAUGGAUCUCAGCACCAUCAAGAGGAAGAUGGAGAACCGGGACUACCACGACGCGCAGGAAUUCGCGGCCGACGUGCGGUUGAUGUUCUCCAACUGCUACAAGUACAACCCGCCCGACCACGACGUGGUGGCCAUGGCCAGGAAGCUCCAGGACGUGUUCGAGUUCAGCUACGCCAAAAUGCCGGAUGAGCCGCAGGACGCCGGAGCUCCCUCUGUGUCCACCCCGCUGCCCGUUCCCAAAUCCUCCUCCGAGGAAUCUUCCAGCGACGAGGACGACGAGGACGAGGACGACGAAGACGACGAGGACGACGAGACCAGCACGGAAAGCUCCUCGGAGAGCGAGGAGAGCUCGGAUUCCGAGGAGGAACGAGCCAACCGGCUGGCGGAGCUGCAGGAGCAGCUGCGGGCCGUGCACGAGCAGCUGGCUGCCCUCUCGCAGGGCCCCGUGUCCAAACCCAAGAAAAAGCGGGAGAAGAGGAAGAGGAAGAAGUCGGAGAAGCACAAAGGGAGGGACGAGGAGACGAGGGCGAGGCAGGCGCAGCUCCGGAGGGCCCGGAAAGCCGGAGGCGGCGGCGGAUCCAAGAAUUCCAAGAAAUCCGCCAAACCUGCCCUGCCAGCCCCUCCAUCCCUCUACGAUUCCGAGGAAGAGGAGGAAUCCAAACCCAUGACCUACGACGAGAAGCGCCAGCUGAGCCUGGACAUCAACAAACUUCCCGGGGAAAAACUGGGAAGGGUGGUGCACAUCAUCCAGUCCCGGGAGCCUUCCCUGCGGGAUUCCAAUCCCGAGGAAAUUGAGAUCGACUUCGAGACCCUCAAACCCUCCACGCUGAGGGAGCUGGAGCGUUACGUCCUGUCCUGCCUCCGGAAAAAACCUCGGAAACCCUACAGCGAGACCAAUGAGAAGCCGGAAUCCGCCCAACAAGUGGCAGCUUCCCGACUUUCCGCCUCCAGCUCCAGCUCUGAUUCCAGCAGCUCCAGCUCCUCCUCCUCCUCCUCCGACACCAGCGACUCGGAUUCCGGUUAGUUGGGAAUUCCCAGGGAUUCCCAGGAGUUCCCGGGCUCCGCAGGACCGGACCCGAGUCCCCCCCCCCUGGAUUUUGGGGUGACUCCCACCCCCCCUCCAGCACCGAUGGACUUUGGGAAUGCGGGAGAAGAGGGGGGAGGAUCCCAUGGGAUGAGGUUGAGAAUUUUGGGAUUAUCCCAUUUUCCUCCUCCAGUGGAAUUUUACUGUUUGUUUUUGGGCUUUUUGUUGAUUUUUUGUUUUGUUCUGUUUUUUUUUUUUUUGUUGGGUUUUUUUUGUUUGUUUGGUUUUUUGGGUGAUUUUUUUUUUCGUUUGGUUUUUUUUUUUUCUGGCUUGGAAUUUUUUCCGACAAAAAAAAAGGGGAGAGAAAAGUUGGGGUUUUUUUGGGGGAGGGUUGGAGGGAGAGUUUUUAGGAAAAAAAACAGCAAAAAAAGUUAAAAAAAACCUAAAAAAAACUUUUUAGAAAAAUGUAAUUAAAAAAAUUUAAAAAAAGCCUCUUGGUGGGGGAGGGGCUGGACAAUUCCAGAGCUUGGGAAAAGAGGGUGAGGGGGAAGGGAGGGGGACAAAGUUUGGGAUCCUCCAGGUGGAUUUUCUUUGGGAUGGUGGGGGGCAGGGGUCACUCAACCCCCUCCUCGACCUUUUUAAUUGUUAAUUUAUUUGGGAAUUUUGGGGAGGAAAAAGGAUGGGCAGUGGGGGAGGGGGUGGGAAAAGUGCCGGGAAUGUUGAGACCCCCCCGCAUGUUCCGGAGGGGGGGGGAGGGGGAAGGGCCUGUUUUUUACGUUGGAAAAAUGUACAAUUUUUUUCUACUCCGUUUUCCGUUUGUUUCUUCGGGGUUUCCCCCCCCCUUCCCCCCCCUUUUUCCCAGCUUUUCCCACCUUUUUUCCCCCACUUUUCCCCGCCCCCCCUCUGUAGCCCCUGUAGAGUUGUGUUUUCAUCUUGUUUUUCCGACCUUUGGAAUUCUUUCGACGUGUAAAUAAAGAAAAUAUUAUUCGAGUUGAA